AGAAGCAAAAAGGUUAUGUUGAAUUAUUUGUUUUAUCAAAACCGGUAAAAUGUCUUGUGCUGAAAUUGAAAUUAAAUCUGAGGACGAAGACUUAGUUGAAUCUGAAGAGGAACCACAGAAAUGGAACCUUGAUUCUGAUUCGGAGUCCGAGCAUGAUAAAGGGGAAACAGUUCUUGUAGACUUAGGGUUUAGUGUGGGAGACCGAUUUGCCACUUUUGAAGAAUUCAAAAGCAAAUUUGCGGAAGUUUGUAAAGCCAAUUAUGUGCGUUUUUACAGAAGGGACAGUCGUUCUAUUCAAGGAGCAAAGCAUAGAAUCAAGCGCAGCUUAAAACCAGAACUGAAAUAUUAUUAUUCGAAAUACACUUGCUUUUUCUCUUCUAAUAAUAAACCCAAAGGAACUGGGAAACGAAACAGACUGUCAUUAUCUAGAAAUAUUCCCGCAACUUGUCCAGCCUUGAUAUUUGUAAACACCACCGAUGAUGGCCAAUUUCUUCAAGUAUCAAAUGUAGAAAACUUUCAUAAUCAUCCUGUGAGCGAAGAAGAGUAUCAACAAUUGUUACCCAAAAAGCCAAAGAAUCUUCUGUAGCCGAUAAUUAUACAGCCGUUUUAACACAAGGCAAACAUAUUGCAGAGCUGGCUUCUGUCAGUGACACUCCACGCUUUCUAAAUAUAGGUACUUAAAAAUCUUGACGAUUUGAUUUUAGAUUUAGAAUAUUUUUUAUAAUUUAGAAAUAAACAAUGAAAUAAAUAAUGCAAAAG